AAAGUUACUUUGUCACCAACUCGAAAAAAAUCUUGCUAUCAAUAUAUUCCCUUCUGAUAAACUGAUAAUCAAUAACUUCGCAAAACUAUCUAAAACAUAUGGUUGCUUCGUCUGUAAAACUUGACCCAAUAUUUGAAGAUGGUCCGUUGUUACCUCUACUACCGGAGGAAAAGAACCCUCCGGGACAUCGGUUUCAUUCCGAACCAACUAGAGCAAACGCACUAGCCGCUGCAAAACGGCUUCUUGACGACUCCCGUGGACAAUCGUGGGAGAAGUUGGCCAGAAAGUACACGUUAGGACUUGCAGCAGCGCCGUGCGUUGAGAGACUAACCGAAGAAGAACUCGAAGAAAGUUUGGAAACUAUGCCAGAAUACAACAAUUAUCGCUUCAACCGUAGCAGAUCUGUCGAUCUCAGCUCGAUUUCUAGGGAAAAAUACCUGUCAAGAUGGUCCAGAGAGAACACACCAGUUGACAAUGAGAAGAGAUACGCUUCUCAUGUCCGUCGCAGUUACACUCCAGUUCGUGAAAUUUCCGCCGUCAACAAUGUGAACGACGGAAAUUUGCAUCGUUCAAGAACUCCAUUGGCAACCGUAACAGCUCCAUAUCACACAAACAUUCAUUAUCGAUCGGAAAACGAACCAUUCAGGAAAUAUGAUGUUUAUGGAUUGAGAACCUGGAGUUAUCCUAUUUAUAAAUAUGUGUACGGACGAGAGGGAGACUACAGACGGCCAUAUUCAUUUGAUAGGAAUUAUGGAUUAACACCCAGCUACACGCCUCCGCAGUUGACCGCUGAAAGUCGACCGAUAACAACCAGACGAGGAUACUCCGGCUAUUCCUAUCUUGCCAAUGAAACACAUUAUGACAUCACCAGCCGCCCGAAAAGUUUGAGCUCCUACAUGUACAGUAACAAGUAUCUCGGAACCACAGCUGCCCCAUGGUACUGGUCAUGUUAUGGAAACAGUGGUCUUCGUCACUUCAACAGCUAUCGCCCACACAACUAUACAAGCUCAACCGCUAGCUGGUCUCGUUAUUAUUAAUGAAUUUUCCUCCAACUUUUGUCCUCUUCUUCUUCAUCGAAUCGAUCGAUUUUUCCUUCCCCUGCCACGUCAUCGCUUAAUCAUUUUCUGCUUUCCCCCUUUUAUUGCGAUCGACACAAAAAAAAUUCACACAAAAAUUGUUUUAUUUGUAAAUUCAUUGGACCUUGAAGUCACACCUCCAAGACUAGAACAAUAAAUUUUGAAAUUAAAUUCACUUC